ACAAAGCAAGCAACAGUGUUAGUUACAACCAUGUCCAAAAAUAUAUACCUCGAUCCAUCCACCUCCUCCCACACACCAUACCCUCUCACUUCCUCAGCUGCACCAACCCAACACGAGCCACCCACUCAGAUCAAGAACCAACCAGCGCAGCUGCCUAAGCUUUUGAUGAGCAGUUGAGCUAGCUUAGGUACAGUCACGGAGUAAGCAAAGCAGCUAGUUGUUAGUUAGUUGGAUCGCUUCGCCAUGGGCAACUGCAUCCAGCACCAGCAGAGAAGCAGCGGUAGCCGCGGUGCCUUCGCAGGCCGCCGCCCGGCGGAGAGGAGCGGCAGGAGAAGGAGCACCGGCGGGGACGGGGACGAAGACCACGGGGCGCCCUCGUCGGUGGUGAAGGUGAAGGUGGUGCUGACCAAGGACGAGCUGGGGUGGCUCGUGGCGCGGCUCAAGGCCGGCGACCGCCGCCUCGAGGAGGUGCUCCACGAGGUGGCGCGCAAGCGCGAGGGCCGGGCCGCCGGCGGCGGCGGCGGCGACGGAUGGCGGCCCUGCCUCGAGAGCAUCGUCGAGUGCCCCGCCGAGACGAUGGAGGCCGCCGCCGGCGCCAGCUCCGAUGACUAACUAGCUAGCUAGCUAGCUAGAACCUAGAAGCCGCAGCCGUCAUGAGUAUUUCUUUUCUUCUUUCGCGUGAAUUAUCGAUCUCCUUCCAGGUGCUCUGGUUUCAGUCCGUGGUGGAAAAAACACUGCAGAAGAGACCAGUAAGUUCAUCGCUGAAGAGUGAUGAUAUUAGCUAGCAGUAGCAGCCGUGCAUUAGGGGUAAUCUAAGUAAUUUGCGUCCAGCUGCCUAGUAGUUUAUAAGUCGUGUUAGCAUUAGCAACUUUUAGUUUUUCUUUCUACGCUUUUGUAUAUAAAUAUAGCUAGUAUAUAUUAGCCUAUUAGGGACGAGACACAAGUCUAUCUAUGCUAGCUACUCGAUCUAUGGAUGGUACGAUUAUUUUGUCACAUGUAAAUGAGUUACCUUUUUCAAAUUUAUUAAGUGGUUCUCAUAUAUAGUCACAAAA